AUGAACAACUUUAUUAGUGCCUUCUACGAUGCUGUUCUGUUAUAUGCGAUUGCGUUGAAUGAAACCAUAGCUGCUGGUAUGGAUCCAAGGAAUGGUCACAACAUUACCAGUAAGAUGUGGGGUCGUACAUUCGACGGUAUCACGGGGAACGUGUCAAUUGAUGCUAACGGUGACCGAUACUCCGAUUACUCAUUACUAGAUCUUGAUCCAGCUGUCGAUAAGUUCGUGGAAGUUGCCUACUACUCUGGUGCCUCAAAUGAGCUGAAAAAGGUCACUGAUUUUCACUGGAUUGGCGGUAAACCACCUCGUGAUUCACCUAUCUGUGGUUACGACAACAGCAAGUGCCCCAAGGUACAUUUCGUCUAUGUUGCUGUUUUCUUGUCUGUGUGUUUAGUUUACAAUGCUUUCAAAUGA